UAAUACCACUACCAAAUGCAACAUGAUGAGGGACACUGAAUCAUCUGAUGAAGAAGAUGAUCGAGAGAACCUGAUCCAUCAAAAUGAAAGAGUAAAUGACCUUUCUAAAUCUCCACGCCGUUCCACAUUCCAAAUCGAAGACGUCAAGGACCAAUUUGCCCUUUGUCGGCGCUUCAAUUUCACCUCCGGUAAGAGGUAUUUACUGGCAAUUAUUCUUCCAGUUUUGGUACUUAUUCUUUAUUUCGCUACCGAUAUCAAGAGCCUAUUUCAGACCUCUGUUACCACCAUAAAGUAUGAUGGUUCCGUCAAUUCCAUGCGCGAGUCCGAAUUGCGGGCUCUUUAUUUGCUUAGACAGCAGCAAUUGGGGCUUUUCAAGCUGUGGAAUCACACACUAGUUAAUGAUACUUCUACUACACAUACUGGUAGUAGCUUGGAGUCCACUCCUGGGUUUGCUUCGGUUUCGAGGUCCUCAAAUGUGGAAGAUCUCAAAGCCGAUUUGCUCAGACAGAUUUCACUAAAUAAACAAAUUCAACAAGUUCUUUUAUCCUCUCAUCAAUUAGGUAAUUCUUUAAUUACAUCAGAUAAUUCCACAGACCCUACUCUCAGUGGUUUAGGUAGGUGUCGGAAGGUGGAUCACAACUUGUCCCAGAGGAGAACUGUGGAGUGGAAACCAAGAUCCAAUAAGUACUUGUUUGCAAUUUGUGUCUCCGGCCAGAUGUCAAACCAUUUGAUCUGUUUGGAAAAGCAUAUGUUCUUCGCAGCUCUGCUCAACCGCAUUUUGGUUAUUCCGAGCUCAAAAGUUGAUUAUGAGUUUCGUAGAGUCUUAGAUGUUGAUCAUAUAAAUAAGUGCUUGGGGAGAGAAGUAAUUGUGACCUAUGAUGAAUUUGCAGAAAGGCGAAAGAGCCAUUUGCACAUAGAUAAAUUCCUUUGUUAUUUCUCUCAGCCACAACCUUGUUUUUUGGAUGAAGAACGUGUUAAGAAGUUGAAAUCAUUAGGGAUAUCUAUGAAUAAGCUCGAAGCUGCUUGGAAUGAAGAUGUUAAGAAUCCAAAGAAAAGGACUGUCCAAGACAUAAUGGCUAAGUUUUCUACGGAUGAUGAUGUUCUUGCAAUAGGUGAUGUGUUCUUUGCUGAUGUGGAGAAGGACUGGGUAAUGCAGCCUGGAGGCCCCAUUUCCCACAAAUGCAAGACACUCAUUGAGCCAAGUCGUCUUAUUAUGCUUACUGCUCAACGUUUCGUCCAAACGUUCUUGGGAGACAACUUUAUCGCUCUUCAUUUCCGCAGACACGGUUUUCUGAAAUUCUGCAAUGCCAAAAAGCCAAGUUGCUUCUACCCUGUUCCUCAAGCUGCAGACUGUAUCAAUCGUGUGCUUGAGAGGGCCAAUUCUCCAGUAAUAUAUCUUUCCACAGAUGCUGCAGAAAGUGAAACUGGUCUACUUCAGUCACUUGUUGUAUUCAAUGGGAAGACAGUACCCCUUGUUCAAAGGCCUGCUCGAAAUUCAGCUGAAAAAUGGGAUGCUUUAUUGUACAGACAUGGCCUUGAGGGUGACCCUCAGGUGGAUGCUAUGCUGGACAAGACAAUUUGUGCCAUGUCUAGUGUGUUUAUUGGAUCAUCAGGGUCUACUUUUACUGAUGAUAUUUUGCGGCUACGAAAAGACUGGGGAUCUGCUUCGCUUUGUGAUGAGUAUCUAUGCCAGGGUGAACUGCCAAACUUUGUCGCUGAUGACGAGUGAAGCAGAUAAUGGCUGAACAUACUUCGUCUUGUACUCCUCAAGCUCAUUCUGCUACUGAACAAGUUACUAUGCCUGAAGAAAAUGAAAAAUUGUGUUGGAGUAAAGAGUGAUAUCUUUUGUUAUAUUGUCUGUUACAUACUUGUAAUCUCGAUUCUUUAGCAUAGAUGGCCUAUUUGGCCAAUUCUUUUGGUCUGUAUUCUAGUGUAUAAUAUUGGUUAGCAGAGUGACAAUGUUUUGUUCUGUGUA